AUGCCUUCUGGAUCAGUUCUCGUCACCGGUGGUACCGGCUACAUUGGCUCAUUCACCACCUUGGCUCUGCUCGAGGCCGGCUACAAGGUCGUCGUUGCCGAUAACUUGUACAAUUCCUCGCCCGAGGCUUUGAACCGCGUCGAGGCCAUCUGUGGCAAGAAGGCCGAAUUCAUCCAGAUCGAUGUCACCGAAGAGAAUGGGUUUGACAAGGCCUUCGAGGCCCACCCCGACAUUGACAGCGUGAUUCACUUUGCUGCUCUCAAGGUGAGUGAACCCCAGUGGAUAGAUCCUACGAAGUCACCCUACAAGCUCCCUUCAGUGGCUCUGAGACUAACAGGGGCCUUUUUUCCCCCUUCAUUGCAGGCUGUGGGCGAGUCUGGCGAGAAGCCCUUGGACUAUUACAUGGUCAAUGUCUACGGCACACUGAACCUGCUCCGCUCCAUGGUCAAGCACAAUGUCACCAACAUUGUCUUCUCCAGCUCUGCCACCGUCUACGGCGACGCUACCCGCUUCCCUAACAUGAUCCCAAUUCCGGAGGAGUGCCCCUUGGGCCCGACCAACCCCUACGGUAACACCAAGUUUGCCGUUGAGACUGCCAUCACCGACGUGAUCAAUGCUCAGCGCAACAAUGCGCUCAAGGCCGGUAAAGAGGCCGAGGCUCAGAAGUGGAACGGGGCUCUGCUGCGCUACUUCAACCCGGCCGGUGCCCACCCCUCGGGCAUCAUGGGUGAGGACCCCCAGGGUGUCCCUUACAACCUGCUGCCCCUGCUCGCUCAGGUGGCCACCGGCAAGCGUGAGAAGCUCUUGGUCUUCGGUGAUGACUAUGCCUCCCACGACGGUACUGCCAUUCGCGACUAUAUUCACAUUCUUGACUUGGCCGACGGCCACCUGAAGGCCCUGAACUACUUGCGUGAUCAGAACCCCGGUGUCCGGGCCUGGAACUUGGGUACCGGAAAGGGCUCAACCGUCUACGAGAUGAUCAAGGCCUUCUCCCAUGCGGUCGGUCGUGACCUCCCCUACGAGGUCGCUCCUCGUCGUGCUGGUGAUGUUCUCAACCUCACUGCCAACGCUACCCGUGCCAACAAGGAAUUGGGUUGGACUCCCAAGUUCACCCUGGAGAACGCCUGCGAGGAUCUUUGGCGCUGGACCAAGAACAACCCUCAAGGUUAUCGCCAGCAGCCCCCUGCGGAGCUCCUUGCUGCUCUCAAGAAAUAA